UUUAAAUUUCUGAGCUCUAGGCGGUAGCACACAUAAAACACGCAUAUGGUGGAGGAGUGAUAUUAAUUUUCAGUAUUUGUGCGCAUUUGCUUCGCUUUGUCCCUUUCUAAAUUUGUGCAAUUUCCCCCGCGCUGACGCAACAAACUUAAGAGUGACUAAAAUCUAAAUUAAGAGCAGAAUGAGCGAGCUGACAUUGGGAAGUGAUGCCAACAUCGCCAAAAAUGCUACAUCCACAGUCGCGCAGAGAUUUAAUUCGGGAAUGGAUCUAGAGGAUCCGAAAAACAACGGUUUUUGGCUAUGGAAAUGGAUAUUUAACUGGACAUCCAGCUCACCGAUCAUGUUGCGCACCGUCGAAAAGAAGAUUCUCUCGUAUCUGAAGCUGCCGUAUCGUGGAUUUUUCGUGGACAUUGGCCCGGCUGUGGGCGAUGCCGACAAGAUAUGGACAAUAAGCAUGAACACAGAGUCCAAGGAGGUGCCGUUGGUCCUGUUGCAUGGCUUAGGUGCGGGCAUAGCCCUAUGGGUGAUGAACCUGGAUGCCUUUGCCAAAGGACGACCAGUUUAUGCCAUGGACAUCCUCGGCUUUGGCCGCAGCUCUCGGCCCCUCUUCGCCAAGGAUGCACUGGUGUGUGAGAAGCAGUUCGUCAAAUCUGUCGAGGAGUGGCGACGCGAGAUGAACAUCAACGACAUGAUCCUGCUGGGCCACUCGAUGGGUGGCUUCAUAGCCUCCAGCUACGCCUUGAGCUAUCCAGAGCGCGUCAAGCAUCUGGUGCUGGCCGACCCAUGGGGAUUCCCCGAGAAGCCCACAGACCCCAACAACACCAAACAGAUUCCCCUGUGGGUCAGGGCCAUAGCCAGAGUGCUGACCCCGUUGAAUCCGCUGUGGGCCCUGCGCGCAGCUGGACCCUUUGGCCAGUGGGUGGUGCAGAAGACGCGACCAGACAUAAUGCGCAAGUUCCAAACCACAAUAGAGGAGGACAUCAACCUGCUGCCCCAGUACAUACAUCAGUGCAACGCCCAGAAUCCCAGCGGGGAGUCGGCCUUCCACACCAUGAUGCAGUCCUUUGGCUGGGCCAAGCAUCCGAUGAUCAACCGCAUCAAGGACGUGCGCAGCGACAUACCCAUCACAUUUAUAUACGGAUCCCGCUCCUGGAUCGACUCCUCCUCGGGCGAGAAGAUCAAGUCCCAGCGGGGCAACAAAAUGGUGGACAUCAAGAUCGUAACUGGCGCCGGCCACCAUGUGUACGCGGACAAGCCGGACGUAUUCAACCGCUAUGUGAACGAAACCUGUGAUAUGUACAAGGUGCCAGAUAGCAACCUAAUCACCCCGCUCCAGCUAAUCCGUGAGUCGACAGAGUCUGACGAGGAGCGUGAGCCAAGCCUGAGCACCGCCAAGACCGUUGAGAUCCAACCCGAAAUAGUGACCGUCGCCUCCAGUGAGGAUUUGGCGGCGCCAACGGACGCCACAACGACGUCCGAUGACGAUCUGGCGACCAAUGUCAAGUCGAAAUAACAAGUUCAAGUCCCAGAAGCACGCUACCCUGUAUCUACUAGUUUAGUGUCUUUGCCUAGUAUUAAACGGUCACCUAACGCCCUAUCUAUCCAAAUUCUAUUUUUAUUGUCUAAUAAACUCAUUGUUUACAAA